GAUUAUCUCUUGAAGACAUUCAAUGAUUUUAAAUUCGAAUUAAUAUUACUCGCUGUAGGGAUUGUUAAGAUUUUUAGUCAAAAAACAAAUAUAUUUGGUCAAAAUAUGACAAUGAAAAAUAAAGAAACAUUGAUUUUGGGAGAAUUAAUAUCACGAUAUUUGAUGAUGGGUUAUCGCAAUCAUCAAGGGUUUGUAGACAUAACACUUUGUAGUGAUCUUGCUGCAUCAAAUGUCAUGAUGCCAAUUUGUAAGAUAUUUAAAAAAAGCUGUGAUUCAAAUAUCGAUUGGAUUUACUUGGGUUCAAACGUUGGAUUUUAUGUCAGCAAACCAAUCAAGCAAGGAGAACCGAUAAUUAUGAGUACUUUUGGACAAUAUCAUUCAGUAUCAAAAGCUAAACGGUAUAUGGCAUUUGAAUCCUUUACUGAUGAUCCUGUACCAUGUAAAUGUAUAGCAUGUAUUGAAAAUUGGCCAACCCUAGAUUAUCUUCCAUCUUACGAGAGUAUGGUGUUGCCUGCAAGUAUAAAGAAAGAAUUAAAUGACAUGACGCUCAAGGUAGAAGAGUGGCGAAAACGCAUCCCUCACAGAGAUACUCGAGAAUUAUUGACAAUGAAGGAUACUUUGAAUAGCAUGAAUGAUAAAUAUCAUCAAUAUAUCACUGUUCCUUGUCAGGAAGUAUCAAAAUUGAAUAUACUAAUCAAAGAGUUGUAUUAUCGACUACGUACAGUUUAUGAUAUUGUUGAGUAAUUAUCCCUCAACGGAAAAUACAGCUUUAUAUAUU